AAUUUAGCGACGGGUUGUUUACGUUAAAAGCCUUGUCGGUCGAAUGAUUAAUUAUCUUCCGGGUUGGUUGGGUAUUUUGUAAUUUAUGCUUUCAUAUAUCGAUAUUGGAAUAUGUCACAUGUAAAUAGUAGAUUGUGUACGGAUAAAAACACAGUGGAUAGAAAAAAUUGCCGUUCAAUUUCGAUUUUGAUUUGACUAGUGUAGAAACUUAUGUUAUUCGUUUUAUUUCAUUUUCGAUUUAGACAUAUAAAUUUAAAACGAGGCUAUGUCAGACUGUUGUUGCUGUUCUGGCACCAGGGAGGAAACUAUGCGUUUAGAUCCAACGGGCCGACAUAAUGGAAACCAACCAGUGACAACACAGCCACAGUCCACACAGAAGUAUACAAAUGGGACUCAUAAUUUGUGUACCAUGCCUGACAAUGAAGCAAAUAAAAACGCGCUGAUCUCGAAGGAAAGAGAACUAAAAGAUCUUCAAGCAAGGCUUCAGAAAGAUCAAGAGGAAAUUGACAGGCUCAAACAGAAAGUAAAAGAUCUUGAAACGAAAAGUAAUGAACUUCUUUCGAGAGAUCAAGAGGAAAUUGACAGGUUCCAAGCAGAAAAUUAUCAGCUGAAACAGAAAGUAAAAGAUCUUGAAACGAACAAUAAUGAACUUCUUUCGAGACUCAGUGCUGUAGCGAGCGCAAAGCUUACGGACAACAAUCCGAAUAUAGCGGAUCUGAGUGAUGUGAAUCGGCCGACAAAGUUAGCGGAACAAUUUUCAGAAUUAUAUGACAAUGAAUGGACUGACGCAUUUGAUGCUCUCGCGAAGGAACAAGAUGAGAGUAACAAUGACAAAGAAGCUUGUACAAAACUGCUGAAUGUAUUAAAUAAAAUAUUUUCCAUCUGUCACAAAAAGGCAAGCGGUGACCUGCAAAUGAUGAUGCAAAAGCUCUCAGUAGAGUUGUUUGGGAUGGGUGCGCCUUCUAAAGAAGUUAUGAGAGCCAUAAAAGAUGACAGGAAAAAGCAUUAUGCUGGAAUGGUGGAGCAACUUAUGAAGGAUUGUAAAUUCUCAUUCGACGAUGUAAUUACAGAAGAAGAAGCGUUGUUAAUUGCAAAGUUCAUAGAAAAAUGCGUGUCUGUGUGUUGGCUUAUGUCCAUACAGGACCCGCCAGUCUAUAUAGACGUCAAAAUUGAUAUGCACGGUGAACGUCUUUCUACAGACAUUUACAAACCCUACACAAAGUCUGGGAAAUUCAUAGAUUACAUUGUUUGGCCAGUGUUGUAUUUAUUUGAAGGAGGCAAUAUCCUUAGUAAAGGGAUUGCACAGGGAAUGAACGAGGUGGCGAGUGAUGAUAUCAUUGUUUCAAUGGAAGAGGAUAAAGCUUUAGAGAAGAUUGAUGGCGAUCUGGGAAAGAGUAAGGACAAUGAUAUGGUGAUGAAUGAAAACAGUGGCAAUGAAAUUAAAGAAGAUAGUGACAAGAUUCUUAAUAAUGAUCGUUUUCUAGGAAUGAGUGAGAAUGGGAAUGGAAAUGGAGAUGAUCAAGAUAAGAUGACGCACUUUUCAUUAACCGCUCUAUCUUAUCAUUUACUAAGCUAUAUCGGAAAAUCGCAAUGGGCUACUAGCCACACCGAUGCUUCCCGACCGAAGACAAAGCAAGGCAGAAAUGAACUUCUGGAAAAACUUCUUGCAUUGUUGACAACAGAUGUUCAUGACCUAGCAAACUCUCUAUGGGACACAUUAGACAAUGAUAAGGAUGUUUAUCAAGUAAAUACAACUGAAGUUGCCAAAUUAAAAAGAGAAAAUGAAGGCCUCCGACACGAAUUGGAUACAUCUCGAAAGAGUACAGAUAAGUACUCGGAAAUGAAAAAAAGGUACGAUGAUCUUGAAAGAAAGUUCAACGAAAGUGAAGAAAAGAAUAAAAAACUGAAAGAUAUCGAGAAGAACUAUUUGAGAUCCAAAGAUGAGUUGCAGAAAGCUUUUGAUAUAGAGAAACAGAAACUGCAACUAAUCAUCAAAGAACAGGGAGAUAUAAUUCAAGCUCUAAAGCAUGCAGAGAGCAAGACAAGCACAGAUCACCGGGAACGAUAUGGGCAUCGUAUCACUGACAAACAAGAAUCAGAGAGGAAUUCUACAUUAGAUAAACAGCUUAAAGACACAAGGGAGAAGCUCAGAAAAACUGAAGAAGAACUAGAUGAGACUAAAACAAGACUUAGCAAGUCAUUGGGAAAUAAACUCCUGGACAACAAUCCGAAUAUUGCUGAUUUAAGUGACGGAAACCGCCCUACGAAACUUGCAGAAGUAUAUCAGGAAAUUUACGAUAACGAAUGGACGGUAGCAUUCGAAAGACUCACCACUGGGCGAGGUGAUGACGAGGAAGCAGUAAUUUCAACAUUAGUCAGCAUUCUUGUGGAAACAAAGUCCAUAUGUGAAAAGGAGGCAGAACAACAAAUGACAAAAAUACAACAGGCUAUGACACAGGACGACAGAAAAGUGGAUGCUAAAGUUAUUUCAAGUAUUAGCAAACCAUUGAAGGAAUGCAGGAAAGCUGUCGCUGUAUAUUCUGCGAAACAAGUGUAUAAGAAACGCUAUGAAGACCUGAGAUAUUCCUCAUCAUCUACCGCUCAAAAAGCAAGACUUGUUCCGGAAUAUUUCGAAGCGUGUUUCAAUUUAUGCUGGCUAAUGGUAGUUCAAGACCCACCGCUUUCGUUUGGUCCUAAUAUCAGGCGAGGAGAUGUUUUUAAUACGGAUUUAUACAAAGCAUACACACAGAGAGGAAAUACUGUGGCGUAUGUUGUAUGGCCUGCUCUUUUAUUGCACACAGGUGGUUCAGUUCUUUGCAAAGGAGUUGCUCAAGGAAAAGCAGAUCAUUCGCAUCGACCAAACUCCGCACCAAACUUGAGUAAAAAACGUGAAUAUUUGAAUGAUGAAACGGUUGACUUCUUCUCUAGCUCAGACCGAUACAACAACGAACAUAAAGAUGACACAGUAGCAGAUGUUUAUGAAAGACAAGAGCACUAUAAAACCUACGGUGGAGAGACAAUUUACGAUUCAAGAAAUUAUGAAAGCCAAUUGCGUAGUCAUGAAAGAUUUGAUUCUUCGAUUAGCGAUCUGGGUGAUACAAGUUAUUAUUAUAACACAUAUACUCGGGAUCAAAGAUAUAACUUGACGAAGAAUUCGCGACCGUACGACAACUACUCGUCGACUUCAAUUAGUUACAAGCCUAGAGUUAGCCCUGAAUAUUCAUCACGUCAACGUAGUAGACCUUCUUACACACAAAAAACGAUAACGCCAAAACAAGCUUGGCGAUUUUGAAAGUCGGUCAUUUCUUGAAGUUUAAAAUGAAUUAGAUUAAGUAAUAGCUGGUUGACAUUUAUGCUAUGCAUGUAUAAAAACAAGUUUACAAUUUUAUUUAAUACCUUAUUAAUGAAUAACAUGACAAUAUGAGCUAUAAUGUAAUUACUUAUUUUAAAGUAUAAAAGGCAUAGCUACAUGUAUACAAAUACGCAUUAGCAUAUCUCGCAUUUUUAGUACGAGAGGAAUAACCGUCACAUGAUCUUGAAAUCAAUUGUUGAAUAAAGCGAUAAUUAUGCGAUACUUCUAUAUAACAAAACAAUUAAUUCUAAAAUAAUACAUCAGAUUAUAUUCUUUUAUUAUCUUUAAACAAAUCUUAUAUAUAUUUUGCUUAUACAAAAGUGUUUUUUAAUAUUUGUGUUUUAUAUCUUUAUCCAUUGACAGCUUUAAAUACCAUCCCCAUAUAUUGACCGAAGGUAACCCCGUUUAUUGCAUCCGCAUCGUGACUCUUAAGGGUCGGACCUUCAUCCCUCAUCAGUCUAACAAUAACAUACGCGUCUUAUUCAAAUAUGAUACGUUGACAAAGUGUUAGCAUUGUGUAAAACACAAGAAAAUAAUUAUUUCAAAACAAAAUAUGUAAAGGAGGUUAGAUGUUCUAAACGUCGAAAAGUAUAACUACAUUUAUAUUGAUAGCGACUGUUUUCUAAGAAUUCUACAAUUUGUACCGGGCACAAUUUAUUUGUGGUAGCUUCAACAACUCUUGCAGCUAUUAUGCCUUUAUUAAAACAUAAUUAUUUUUAUUUAUAAUCAUGAAUUAUA